AUGUAUGCAACCAAGCGUCGUCGCAGAAAUACAAAAAAUUAUAAAAGUCCAUUAAAAGAAAAUCAAAAAACAAAUCCAAGUAAACGUCAUCGGGAACGUUUAAAUGGUGAAUUAGAAAAUCUCGCAUCAUUAUUACCAUUUGAAUCAUCAAUACUAACCAAACUUGAUAAAUUAUCCAUCUUACGAUUGGCUGUUAGUUAUUUACGUGUUAAAUCUUAUUUUCAAGCAACAUUUAAAAAUCGUCAACAUUUACAAAGUCAACAACAGCAAUAUGAAGCAACCACAUCAUCAACAACAAGUUCAUCAACAUCGUUGGGACUUUGUCAAGAGAUCUAUUAUCAUGAUCCAACAUUCAGUGAAGGAGAAUCUAUUUUAGAAGCUUUACAAGGUUUUAUUGUUAUUGUUAGUUGUGAUGGAGAAUUAUUUUUUGCAUCAAGAACUGUUGAACAAUAUCUUGGUUUUCAUCAAUCAGAUAUACUUCAUCAAAGUGCAUAUGAAUUAAUACAUUCAGAAGAUCGAGAUGAAUUUAAAAGACAUUUACAAUGGAAUGAAAAACUUACUAAUGAACAUCAAAAUUUAUCAUUAGAACAAAUAUUAACUAAUUCAGAACAUACUCAUCUAUUAGAAAGAACAUUUACUGUACGAUUUCGUUGUUUACUUGAUAAUACAUCUGGUUUUGUGACAUUAGAAAUAGAUGGAAGAAUUGGAAUUUUAUAUGGACAAAAACCAUCACAUGCAUUAGAUGAUCAUCGUUCAUUAGCAUUAUUCGGUAUAGCAUGUCCAUUUGGACCACCAUCACUAUUUGAAAUUCCACAACGUGAAAGUUUAUUUAAGUCAAAAUAUCGUUUAACAUUAGAACCUGUAUCUCUCGAUCCAAGAGGGAAAUUAAUUCUUAAUUAUACCGAUCAUGAUUUGACACAAAUCGGCAGUGGAUAUAAUUGGAUACAUUCAGAUGAUUUAAAAUAUUAUUCAACAGCUCAUAAAGAAUUAUUAAAAACCGGUACAUCAGGUCUUGUAUGUUAUCGUAUUCAGACAAAAGAUGGUCGUUGGCAAUGGUUACAAUCUUCAAUGAGAAUAAUUUAUAAGAGUAAUAAACCUGAUUUUGUCAUCGCCAAUCAUCGACCAUUAACUGAUGAUGAAGGUGAAGAAUUAUUUUAUAAACGUGGUACAGAAUUUAAAUUACCAUAUCCAUGUUUAUAUGAUUUUGAUACAAAUUUUAAUUCAAAUAUAAAUGAUGAUGAAAAUUAUUCUUUAAAACAUCAUUCAACAUUAAUUAAUAAAAAUUCAAAUACAAAUUUAUCAAUAUCAACAACAAAUACAACUCGUCCAACGAAAAAAGUAUCUAAAACAACAAUUAAACAACAAACAAUUAAUCCAUUUACAUCGAAUUCAUCAUCAACAUCAUCAUCAUCAUUUGAUCCAUAUUAUAAUACAUAUCCAUCAGCAUAUGUUUCAUCUUAUCCAACUGAUGUCACAACAGCUAGUUUUAUUGAAGCAGCAACAAAUAAUUAUACAACCAAUCCAACUAAUACAAAUGAUUUGCUAUUAGUUAAUGAAACAAAUCCAUAUAGUGGAACUUAUGCAAAUUAUUAUACUGCUUUACAACAACAAUAUCACAAUAGUUUAACACCAUAUCAUGCUGUUUAUUAUCAAGAUACAAAUAAUCGUUAUUAUACUAAUCAUCGGACAUCACCAUCAACAAUAAAUGAACAAAAUUAUCAUCAACAUCAUCAUCAACAACAACAACAACAUCAAACACAUGAAAAUUAUUUAAUUGAUACAAAUAAUUCCAAUAAUCCAUAUUCAUAUUAUUUAUAUAAUAAAAAUCCUCCAACAACAAGUCAUGGACAUGAUUCAAAUAAUAACCUCUCUUUAUUUGAUGUUUCUUUACCAACACCUAUUCAUCAUUCUGUUAUAAAACAUUCGACUAAAAGAUAG